AUACAAUAACACGCGAGACCGUAUUAGUCGCAGGUUAAGUCUACUGAUAAUUGUUGAGUCUGCUACUUGAGCAAAUUAAGGAGUUGAAUUAAAAUUAAUCAACAAUAUUAACAUAUUUUGACAGUUAAGAGCUUUGAAACAGUAAAAAAUGUUGGUUCUCCGGGCGUUGACAAAACGUCAAUUAUCUAAUGUCAAAAAUGCAGCGGCAUGUUAUCAAGCUCGUACAUUAACAGCUCAGACUAAUGCUAAAACUGCAGAGCCGAAAAGUGAUUUAACUAAAGAUUUCCAGACCUCGAAACUACCGGCUGCGUUGCCCAAGAAACCCAAACGCGAACCGUUUGCCAAAAACCUUUUUAUUGGUGAAUUCGACUACAAUUUUCUUACCUAUCCAGAGCCCCAACAUGUUGACAGAUACAAUGAGUUCGAAGAAUUGUUCAGUCCAAUAAAAGCUUACUUGGAAUCAUUGAAUCCUGAAGAAUUUGAAGAUGGUAUUCCAGAUCAUGUGCUACAAAAGUUACGUGAAUUUAAGAUAUUUGGUGCUAGGAUAUCUGAAGAUUAUCAAGGUAUGAAUUUAAUAGAUUCAGAAUACAUUAAGGUUCUGGAAGCAGCAGGAAAAGUACCAGCACUAGGUAUUUUUCUUCUUAAGCAGGGCGUACCUGCCAUCAACUUGUUCAACAAGUAUGGAACUGUUGAACAGAAAUUCAAAUAUUUACCAAAAAUAGCAACUGGUCAAGUCAUACCUACUAUAGCUGUUACUGAAAAAAAUAGUGGCCCAGCAGCUAAACAUUUUAUGACCACAGCAAGCUUAACUUUAGAUGAUAAGCAAUGGGUUUUAGAUGGUGAAAAAACAUUUGUUGCCAAUGGUCUAGUUGCAGAUGUUUUUAUUGUUUUUGCUCAUGCUUUCCAGGGUGGUACGAUGGAAAAGAGACCAGAAACAAUUUCAGCAUUUAUUGUUGAUAAAAAUACUAAGGGUGUUCAAGUUGUGCCAGACAGUGAGACAGUUGGUUUAAAAGGAUAUACCACAGGAAAGUUGAUAAUGAAGAAUGUUCAUAUACCAUCUGAAAACAUUCUUGGAGAGGUUGGUAAUGGUGCACAGCAGCUGGUAGAAAAUUUCUCUGAAAAUCGUCACUAUAUAGGGGCCAUUACGAUGGCCAUAUUAAAAGAUCUUCUAAAUAAAUUAACUCAAGAUAAUAUUCACCGAAAACAUUUCAAUUGUAUGUUUUAUGAAACCGAAUCAGCCCAAUAUGUAUUUACAAAAUUAAUGGGAGCCAUUUAUGCUAUGGAAAGUGUCUUAUAUUUAACAACUUCUUUGCAAGACAUAUAUGAAAAUCCAGAUGUUAUAUUAGAAAUGGCUAUAACAGAAAAGUUUUGUGUCCAGGAGUGUUUGAAUUUGCUACAAGAAAGUUUAUGGUUGGCUGGUCCAAAAGCAACUUUAUUGAUACAUCCUUAUGAACGUAUUCUUAGAGAUGUUUAUUCAUUGACUUACUCUGAAAUAUCUCUGAUUGAUACCAAUAUAUAUUCAGGAUUAUUAGGUGUUCAGAAUUGUGGAAAAGCAUAUGCUGAAGGCAUCAAAAAAGCCCGUAACCCUUUACUGUUUCCUGUUGAUAUGAUAAAAAAACAUUUCUUUGAUACCAACCACUUAAAUUUACAUCUGGAAGAAUAUCUGCAUCCUUCUUUACAAGAAUGUGCUGAUUUUUGUGACAGAUGCAUAUUAAAACUUCAAGAAUGUACACAAGAAAUAUUAAUACGAUAUGGCACUGAAGUUGGCAAAAAGCACAUGGAUAUGCAACGACUUAGUGAUAUGGUAUCCCAGAUUUACGCGUAUGUAGCGGUUGUUGGAAGAGCUUCGAGAUCGUAUUGCAUUGGUAAUAGAAACAGUGAUGCAGAAAUCAAACUGUGCGUGGUGCUGGCUUAUAGAAUGCAGCAAAGAGUAUUUCAACUCGCCGAAGAUAUUAUGAACAGCGAAUUCUCUAAUGGUGACCAUCUUAGCAAAGAAUUAAGCAAGAUUCAUUUUGAACAAAAAAAAUAUAUUUUCGAAAAUCCUUUGCAAAGAAAUUAUUAAUUCAGUAUGAAAAUAAAUUUCGUAACUGCAUUUGACUCAAAAGCGAAUUGUAGACUGGACUCUGCGGACAAUUUGCAAUGGAAUGAAUUAAAUCGGUAAUUGAUAAUUGUUAUCAAAUGUACAUGUUCUUUUUCAACGGAAAU